CGCUCUUUUGCUGUCACUCACUGUCAUUUAUAAAAAUGUUUUGUUGAGAAGUUGAGGGAAUAAAUAAAUUUACAUCUGUGAGUUUUGCAGAACACUAGGAAAUGGGUGAUACGGAUGACUAUUAUGACGGUGACGGGGCGAUGGCAUCCUUCUCAGGAUCUCCUGAAGUCAUCUAUAAUUGGGUUGACGUAACUUCAGAAUUCUUCCAAAGCAUUCAAGAUCUACACCUUGGGGAAUUACUUCAUGAUGGCCAAUUAUUUGGUUUAUUUGAAGCUAUGUCAGCAAUUGAGAUGAUGGAUCCCAAAAUGGAUGCGGGUAUGUUGUGCAACCGCGGGAACCCUAAACCACUCAAUUUCCAGCAGGCUGUUGAGGCCGGCAAACUCAAGAUCGAUGAUUUAGAGCCAAGCGAGCUGAUUGGCAUAAUUGAUGCCACCAUGGCCUGCAUAGUGUCAUGGUUAGAAGGCCACUCGCUCGCUCAGACUGUAUUCACAAACUUAUAUCUGCACCAACCGCAUCUGAUUGUGAACAAGGCACUGAAAGCUUACUGUAUUGCAGUGCAUAAGCUGCUGGAUUGCAUAAGAGAAUGUAUUAAUAAAGCACAAGUAUUUGAAGAGGAGGAUUUUCAACCUAUGGGAUAUGGUUAUCGUUUGGGUUCGAACCCGCAGUCAGGUAACACCUAUGACGCAAGCCUGGAGGUGAAUAAACAGAAGUGUAUAGCCCUGCUCCGGGAACAGGAGGAAGAAUACAAUAAAAAGGCCAGAUCCACUGAGGAUGAGGGUCUCAGCGUGUGGACGGCCAUAGCAGCUAGAAUUCGGUUCACUAGGAUGUACUAUCAAGCACUUCUGUUGAUCACCAAGAAAGAGGCGCAGUCGGGAGCAGACUGCGUCGCUUUGCUUACCGGAUGUACUGAGAUGAUGAAAGUCAUCAUAAAGACAGCGCAUAUGGGAACACAACCUGUGGAGAAUUCCGAUUCCCCAAAUCCCAUGGGGUUCGAGCCGAUGAUCAACCAACGCCUUCUACCGCCCACUUUCCCGCGGUACACGCGUAUCAAACCUCGGGCCGAGGCAUUGCAGUAUUUUGACGAGCAAAUAGCAAGACUACGCCAUGCGUGGAAAAUCACGUCGUGCACCAACUUCCAUACCGCGCUGGAUUUCUUCAUGGAAUUCAGCCGUCAGCGCGCGUGCAUCCUCUCGCGGUCAGCCUUGCAGCUGCUGUAUCUCAGUCCCUCGCCCGCAACAUUGGCCUCCGUGGCGCAGAGCGGCAACGCCGUGCCGGGAGCCCCGAGACCGCAUCACGUGUUCAUAGAAAUCCUGAGGGAAUCCGUCAAGAAUUUCGUAAACCCGCCGGCCUUCAUGCCCAAAUCUUCUACUGUUUCUACGCCCCAGACUCGCGACAUUGUGGAGAACUUUCUGGGCCGUUGUGUGCGCCCGUUCGCUGUGCUGCUGCAGGUGUGCGGCCACAACCGCGCUCGCCAACGGGACAAGUUUGCGCUGCUGCUGGACGAGAUGUCCGUGCUGCAGGACGAAGCAGAGACCGUGGACGCGGUUAUAAGCAGCGCGAUGGGCACCAGCGUUCGCUCGUAUUUCGGCACCUGGAUCUUGUACCAUGUGCUGAGAAUCAUGAUCGCAUACCUUUUGUCCGGGCUUGAGCUAGAGUUGUACAGCGUGCACGAAUACCACUAUAUAUUCUGGUACCUGAACGAGUUCCUCUACGGCUGGUUAGUGUCUGCACUCGGGCGCGCCGAGGCGCUGGCGGGCGCGGGCGCGGGCGCGCGGCGCGGCGAGGCGCGGCGAGGCGGCGCGCGCAAGCUCAAGAAGCGCUCGCGCGCGCACGCGCACGAGGGGCUCAUGUGCCAGGUGUUGCAGAACAUGUGCGGCGGGUAUCAUAAGGCUCUUGUAGCGUUCAAGCUGCAAGGCAAGAUCCGCCAGCCGCAAUCGGAGUUCGACAACGAGGCGGUGCGGUACAAGCACCGGUUCGGGGCGCUGUCCGUGAUGACCCCGCCGCAGGUGCAGUACCACGAGUUCUGCGAAUUGACACAGCCGUUGCAAUAUGAAAAUCCUGUCAUCCUCUAUCUUGGCGGUUGCAAACACUUCCAGCAGGCUCGAUCUUUUCUGGAAACUAUCCCGGCGCCAGAUCAAGAGGUAACAGAUCUUCUCAAAGUAGCCAAAACAAAUUUCGUAGUGUUAAAAUUGCUGGCUGGUGGUCACAAGAGGGACUCGACAACACCGCCGGAAUUCGAUUUCUCGGUCCACAGACAUUUUCCUAUCAUAAAACUUGUAUAGUAAGUUUUGUAGUCAUUAUUUGUAUGAAUUUAUUAUUAUAGAAUAAAAUAAAUGGCAUUUUUAUUGUAAAAACUGUAUCAAGUAAUGCCAACUAAAUGUGUGAAAUUUAAUAGUUAAUUUUAACCUAAAUUACAAUUAAAGCGCAGAUUAAACAAAAUUUAAUUGUUUGUUGUAAAUCGAAAAUUAGAAAAAUGACGAUAACUAUCAGAAACAGUUUUUCAAAUGACAAAGACAGUACUGCUACUAAUUAUUACUAAGCCAUGACAUUAGAUGGCGGUUGUUUAUCGAAUGAAAAAUAUUCGAUCAUUUUCUAUCAAUAUAUGUAUUCGAUAUCCUAAUCUAUCAAUAUGGUAAUAAUAAUAAUUAUUAUACACGUUAAAAUAUGGAACCAUUAUAUUAUUAUUAUAAAAAAAUGGUACCAACUAUUCUGAAAUGCCGCGAACCUUUUCAGAAUAGUUGGUACCAUUACACAUUUUAUCUUAAAUUAACAUGUGUCUGUCUUUAUUUCUAUAAAAUAGAUAAUAUUUUAUUCUAAUUGUGAAUCUGGUUUUGCGUCAUCACAGUUCUAAACAUUUGUAUAAGAUGAAAUUGUAGUUAUAAGACUGGUAGAUUAGUUUAGGCAAAAAGUAUUUGUGAUUUGUCUCGAAAUUUGUAAUAAACAUCAUAAAACAUAGUAUUUGUAUAAUCGGAAUGUAUAUAGUGUUUGAUGAUGCCCAUUAAAUCAUUGAAUUGA